AUGAAACCAACUAGCUCCUCAGCCAGAAUGGAGCCUUGCAUACCACUCUUGUUGGCCUUGCUGUUUGCAGGGGGCACGCACGCCACUGCUCCAAAGACGGUCUCGGUCAUACCCCACGAUGCGCAUCCUGGAUACAGCAUCAAGAAAUUCGACAACGCUGCAAAUCUCAAAUUGUUAGAGUCAGACUUCUCGCAGUUCUUCACCAUGCUGCAGGAUGGCUCUAUCAUGACUGUCUCAGAUGUCAGCCCUUUGGUCAACCAUCCAGUUGAUCUGGUCGUGCUGGAAAACCAAGGAAACGCUUCUACUACGCAUCUUUUGAAGCUCUACGUCUUGGACAGAAGGAAUAUGCUGAUGUUCAAGACUGAUGGGAUGGAAGAGAUGUUAGGAAGAUUAUCUGAGAAUCUCCCAGCCGGUACAAGAGUCACUGGGAUACCUUUGCUUCAAGCUGUUAGUGAUAGAAGUGAUUUGCCAAUUACCUACAGUAUCAUUGCUGGAAACGUCAAUAAUGCGUUUGAGCUUCAAGAUAGUUCUACUGGGAUCUCUAUGCAGAAUGUGACUGUUAAGGAUGGAACUUCCGGGGUCUAUAUUGUCACCACUGAAGUCUUGGACCGAGAAGACGUUAGCAGAUAUGUGCUUACCAUUCAAGCUUCAGACCCUAGCGGAAUAAACAGGGCUGUAACCAACGUUGUAGUGACUAUUGAGGACGAAAAUGACAACAGUCCAGUAUUUACACAGAAGGUAUACAGAUUCGUUGUUGGAGAUGACUCAGUUGAAGGUGAUAAUGUUACAAUGACCUGGAAACGAUUCACCUCUAUAGGCAAGGUAGAAGCAACUGACGCUGAUGGUGAUAAAAUAGCUUACAAACUAGCAACGCCUACGAACUAUCUGGUGAUUGUACCUCAAACAGGCGACCUGCUUCUGACCCAAGAACCAGCCGAAGAAACAGAACUGGAGCUGAUAGUAGAAGCCCACGAUAUUCGAACACCAAGUCGUAUUUCUCCAAGACCAGCACAAGUCAUCUUCCAUUUUAAGCCCCAAGAAUGCUCAAAGGUUGACCUUGAUGACCUCCAACAUCUUGAGGAGGUCCAACUGCAUAGGGUUAAAAGGAGAGUGACCAGAGCAGUGAGGCCAACGAAGAGGAUCGAGUUUACUGAGACUGACGGCGAGACUGAAGGUCGCGUAGUGUUCCAACUGGAAAAAGAGACUGAUCGCGAGACGUUUAAAAUUCGGGACGAAAACCCUUGGGUUACGGUCGAUCCCAAUGGGUCCGUGCGCGUUAAAAAGAAGUGGGACUAUGAGGAGUUGGGACCGGAGAAAACUAUCGAUUUUUGGGUGACCAUAACUAAUGCUGAAAAAGGAGGUGAGUAG